AUGGCGCCGAGUUCCGAACCAUCUGUCAUUCCGCCGAAGAAGACGCGCUGGGGGCACAUUUGUGCACGCAAGGAAAUGAAAUGUCUCUCGUCGCCGACGAGGAGCGAGGUUGACAGGGCCCACGCCAGGGGGAAGUGGCUCGAGAUUGGUGUUCCCAGCACACGUAACAUCGGGAGCAUCAGCCUAAUAAGAGGUUUGCUCUGGUUCCUACUUUUGCUAUCUUCACUGCCGCUACAUUUUCUCGAUUACUAUGAUGCUGGUACACUUGAAUCGAUUGACGACGACUUGCGCUCUCUACAGUGCCUUGCCUCGACGGACCAGUUACAGAAUCUCACCAGUGCCGACUGCAUCGACGCUUAUGGGACUCCGUUUCUGACUUCUCUUAGCGAUGUGGUGCUCGUUAUCGGCCAGCUCCAUGAUAACGCAACGCUCGAACGAUUUGAUGCGGCCAUGCCGCAUUCGCAAGACUUGAAUCGACCAGCUCCGCGGAAUCCGCAACGACGUGGCCGCGUGGAAGCCCCGAUAGCCGGGAACCACACAGUCGCCUACUGUCUGAGCAAGCAGGAGGAGGAGUACUGCAAAGUCAACUUUAGCAUCGUAUUUGCCGCCAUUGUCGUUGCUGCCAACGCCGUCAAAGUCACGGUCCUGGUUAUUACCCUGCUCAACCCACCCCAAGAGCCGCUCCUAGUGCUAGGUGACGCAAUCGCAUCCUUCCUCACCCGGCCUAAUCUCCACAGUGCCGGAAUACACUGGGGUUCUGCUGCAAGGUUGUCCCAAUGGUUCGUCAACUUGGUGCUAAUAAGGACUACGAGCGGGAAAGCCUUGAUUGCAUUUGUUGAGCCGUCCUCGUCGAAGUCGUCGAUGGAUGCGCUGGCGCUACGUGUUGUUGUAGCCAACACCCCUCAUGUGAUCUUCUCGAUUUUCUACUUUCGGUACAACAGCAUGUUCACUAGGAUGCUCGCGGCGCGAGAGUGGAGCGGCUUCGGCGUCAAGCGCAAGUCAUUGCGCCUACCGUACCGCUUCGGCGUGCCGCUACUGAUGUUUUCCGUGUUGAUGCACUGGCUCAUGUCGCAGAGCCUCUUUGUUGUGGCUGUCGAGAGCCCCAACGACGUGUAUAACGAUGACAACGGCUGGUAUCUUAUCACCUGCGGCUAUUCGCCCAUGGCCAUCAUUUUAGUGCUGGCGCUAUGCUGCUUUCUUGUCGCCGCCGUCGUCGUCGCCGGCUUCUGCCGUCUGCCGUCUGCUAUUACUGUCGUCGGUAGCUGCAGCUUUGCCAUCGCCGCAGCGUGCCACAGCCCCGGCGAACAGCUGCAACCCCAGCCCGAUUCAGCGCUCGCUCCACUACAGUGGGGAGUGAUAAUUCUCCCUGAUUUUGAGAGCUCAAAGGGCCAGAGUAGCGGCCAUUGCAGCUUCUCGGCCGAGGAAGUCGGCGAGCCAGAAGAGGGCUGCCGUUACGGCAGAGUGGUCGAUAUCUAA